AUGACGACCUUCCAAGCAGGGCUUAAUAACCUCGACCUCAUCUUUUCGUUAGGGAAGACGCUGCCAACUUCUAUGACAGACCUGUUAUUCAAAGCCCAAAAGUAUAUGAAUGGGGAAGACGCCCUUACAACUAAAGGACUAAUAAGAAAACAGAAGAAAGAGGAGACCGGGGAGUGUCAUGGUAGGAAGAAAGAUCGUAAGGAUUCAUACUUGGAGGAUGAACCAAGGUUGAAAUGGCCUAAGCUGUUAAGCACGUCCUCAAGGAAGCGUGACCCAAAGAAGUACUGUCGUUUUCAUAAAGAUCAUGGUCAUUACACAGAUGAAUACUGUGAUUUGAAAGAGCAGAUAGAGGAGUUGAUUCAACGAGGAAAACUUCAAAAGUUUAUCAAAAGGGAUCACCAACCUCAAUCAAGGGCUGAGGAUAAAAAUCAUGACAAUGCCAAGGAUGACGGACGAGACCAUACAAAGCAGGUCGUAGGAGAAAUAUGGACGAUAGUAGGGGGACCUGUAUCAGGAGGGUCGUACAAGUCUUUGAAGAAGACGUAUUACUGGCAAAUCGAUAGUGUCCACAUCAAGCAUCCAUCCCUAAAGUACCGACGAUCAGAGAAUGACAACAUCACGUUUUCUGAACGCGAAGCAAGUGGGAUUAAGCAACCCUAUGAUGAUCCACUCAUCAUUACAUUGGGGAUAGAAGGAUUCAACACAAGGAGAGUGUUAGUUGAUAAUGGAAGCUUUGCAGACAUAAUGUACAUGACGGCCUACCAGCAGCUGAGGGUAGAUCCUAAGAAACUUAGACCCUUCAAUUCUCCACUGGUCAGUUUUAGUGGAGAUAAGAUUUACCCAAAAGGAAUCGUCGCAUUGUCCGUCACAACUGGGGCACACCCGGCGCAAGUAACAAUCCGAGUCGAUUUCUUGAUCAUUCAUUGCCUAUCAUUCUACAAUGUCAUCUUAGGACGACCAACUUUGAAUAGACUCAAGGCUGUAACUUCGACUUAUUGUUUGAAGAUGAAGUUUCCAACUCCAAAUUGGGUAGGCCAAGUAUGUGGAGAUUAG